UUAUUUGUCUUGUGGACAGGAUGUAAUCUCUGGACGGAAAAUUUUCAAGCCAGGGAUAUUUUUUUUACUCUUUGUCGUGUGAAGUGAAGAUGUGCCUGAAACAGUGACAGUAUUACCGGUCGCACUCCUCUUGCGGAAAAUGGACCGCGUGGGUCAUACCAUUAGCCUCAAUAUAAAUGAUUCCCAUUCUUUAUUGGAAUCUUCGUCUGAUGUCAGCAAGCUUUUCCAAGCGAUUGGCACGAAAAAUAAAGGCCUCCUUGAAAGAUUGUUGAAGGAAGGUGUGAACGUGCACUGCAUGGGACCUGAUGGAAUAACGCCUCUGUUUGCUGCCUCAUUCAUGAAAAACUACUCGGCGGUGAAACUUCUAUUUCGUUAUGGUGCUUCUCCAAAUGUUCGCUGCACCGAUGGAGCUACAGCGGUUCAUGGUGCUGCGUACAGCGGAAGUCAAAGGAUCCUGCGGCUCAUCCUAUCCAUGGGUGGUUCCUUGAACCUUCACAGCGACGAAGGGAAGCUGCCGAGGGAUUGGGCAGAUCUCGUUCGUGACCCCGAAGAUCGGCGAAGAAUGCACAAAAUAAUGGAAACGUUCGAGAUGGAUUCUGUCGAGUCUUGUCAAGAGAAACUGCAGGAGAGCACGUUGAAACUUGCGGAGCUGUCGGUGCAGUGUGGCGGGAAUCCGCCGGCGGAAUUGGACAUCGGGCCCGGCCUCCAUCUGAUGUGCGGAGGCUCAAAGCUGUUCAUGUUUUUGAACCUUUCCAUAGCCCCGGAAUCGUUGGUGCUUGUGGAGAGCGAUCCGUACAAAGUCGGGGCAUUCACGGAAAUGGUUUUCUGCUCGUGGGGCGAAACCCCCGUGAUGGUGCGACGAACGGUCGGUUCGAGCGGACAGCGUCACCCGCAGCCAGACCUUAUGUUCAUGGAGCUGGAUUCUUUGAGGUACCUACGACAUCCGGACAUACUGACCCUCAUUGGAGUGUCGUGGAAGCGCAACAAUCGCGGUGCGCGAGUGUUCCCAGUUUUCGAAGCGGCGAAUCUCCGAUCCGUUCAUCACUUCUUGCACGUGCGCAGAAGUGUGUUGCGCAAGUGCGACGUGGAGGACGUCGGUCGGCAGCUCGUGUCCGCACUCGCCUACCUGCACAUGCGUGGGCUAGUCCACGGCGCCAUCACUUCCCACGCCGUCCAACUCGUGUCGCAGAACCGCGGCAAGUUGUCGUGCUUCGAGUACAUGAGCGACGAGCGCACGCCCGUGACGGAAGUCAUGUGGAAGCGAAGUGCCAUAGGGAACCAGGUCGCACUGCAUCGAUGGAUUGCGCCGGAAGUGGUGGGCAAGCGAGCCUUGAUGUCGUUGCAGAGUGACGUAUACUCGUUGUGCGUCGUCGUCGAGGAGAUGAUGAGAGGACGAUUACCGUGGGCUGCUGUGAGUGACGAAUACGUGUCAUCGGUACUGGCCGAGUACCGAAAGGGAGACUCGAACCGAAACUUGAAUUAUGAAUUCCCCGGACUUUUGCUGGAUGCUCUUGUUUCGGAAGACAAACCGCAGAACCUGCUUAAGCGUGUCAACGUCAAAGAUCUCCCCGACAUCAUCGCUGAAAUGUUGAAUGGUCAUGACGUGUUGACAACGGAAAGGAUUUACGAUUCGGUUCAUGUGACGUCAUCGUCAGAGUCCUCGCACAUUGCGAAGAAUUACGACUCGUUGAAGAAGUGCAAGAAGUAUCGGGCUGGGAGGUUGAAUCAGUCGCGUGACUCUGAACCGUCUCGCUUGAAUGAGACGUCGUUGUUGACGGAUAAGACAGAUGGAAAGGCGAAUGUGAAGAAUAAGAUGACUACGAGCGAACUGUUUAUGUCCAUGUUGGCGUCCUCUCCGCCUUCGAAGCGGCGGUCAAGGGCGACACCGUUGUCGCGAACGCCGUCCAACGAGUGCGAGAACGCGGACGAGGGCUACGACGAACGUGAGGCCGUCGUUCAACUGGGAUCGGUUACGCAGAUGGUGCAAGUUUCGCGCGAAGACGGCGCCGUUGUGGUGAAGACGGUCGUUGGAGGGUCGCAGACGGAAGCCGUGAAACCAGCCUCGCACUUUUCCACUAGGCACGGAGACUCGUGUUCGCUUCAAAUGCCGCACGUGAUCGGUACUGCGACGGGUGGCAACUGCGUCCGGGCUCUGGGGGACACGUCGUUGGACGAGACGAAGCCGGGAAGUCUGGGGCAUUCCUCGUGGUUUGCCAAGCUGGGUAAACCCGAGUUUCGAGGACCUUAUGCUGUCUUGCCAGAAGACAUUGUUCGCGCAGUCGCUCCCUCGGAGCCCUUCCAGUAUUGCAAUGGAUUCCAGAGUCAAGAUAGUUCAUUCACGAGGCGAGUGAUACACCAUGCGAGUGUUCGACAUUCCAUUGGUAACGAAGUGCAAGAGCGUUUGUUGGAGAAACUGAGGAAUGGGAUUGGAGACGGGAGUAGUUCUUCGUCUGCACCGUCGGAAGAAGGAAAUACCAGGUCUUGCAACUUGAGUGUGACAGCAAUGGUUCAUCACAAUGCCCAGAAAAGCUCUGGCGAGGACGAAUCCCCUCUCAAGAAAGUUGCUUUUGCUUCGCGUGCGGGAUCGGAGAAACAUUGGAAAUCUUGCGCCAGGAAACUACAAGUGGGUCCGAAUGUUCGAAAGGGCAAGUAUCUACCUAAUGCCGAGUGGUUUGCGGGGAAGGGCUCUGUCCAGAAUCUCGUGAGCUACUUCGAAGCUUCAAAUGAUGGUUGCGACGGACAAAACAAGACCAGUGCAGAGACGACGCAAUGUUCUGAGGAUUUUGUGUGGGGAGCGAACGGAGUUCCUCGGUCUACGCCGAAGAAACUGUUCGAAGUAGAGGAGGAUGGAUGUUAUGGAGGACAACACCUCGGAGUGUCUCGUUCUGAACCCAUUUGUGUUAUGACGAAGAGUACUGGAAAAAAGGAAGAGGUUUACAGCACGGUCUGCAAGGCGUCGAAGACCGCCAAGAAGAGCAUCGAUGAAGCCAAAGCAGCGCUGCGUCAAGCGCGUUCCGAGUUUUUCUCCGCCGAGUUGGCUGCUGGGCGUGCUGCGGCGUCUCGAAACUGUGACGAAAUUGAAGGCAAGUUUUCGUCUUGUCCUCCAUCUUUCAACAAUCUUUCAACGAGGAAUGUGUUGCUCUGCUCUGUUCUCGCAGCGGAUGCGACGUGGAACAGUCACUUGAAGGAAGGCGGCGACUCGGGGGUUGCGAAGAGGUCCAUCCUUAAAUCUCCGGGCCUGGUGGGGAAGGUGGUAGAACGGGACGAAGACACGAUGUGGGAAACGUGUGGCGAGUCGUCUUCAUCGGAAGAAGAAAAGGAGGAGGGGGAGGAUAAUGGCGAGCUUGUGCACGCGACUCUGCGCGAGCUCGUCGACUCGAGCGACGCUUGCUUUUCCGAACUACAGCAGUCUGUUGUAGACGACGCAGUCAAUCCGAGGGAGGAAGAAGAAGGCAGUGUAACGAGACACAUUCUAGUCCCGAAUGUAAAUUUGGGAGAUGAUGAACGAGAGCUGAAACACAUUGAUGAUGAUGAUUGA